AUGCCUCGAGUCGUCAAUAGGCGACUUGUGUGCAAAAAAGAGACAUCUAGCGCUCUUUCAUGCUUGCGACUCACUUCUGUGGAGAGAGGUGGUGUGGGUGGGCGAUUCUUACGAGUUCUCAAGGCUGAUGAUGCCAUUGUCUCCCUCCCUCCCCCACCCUCUUCUUUUUAUGCCAUACACAGACGCAUACUCGCAGAAACAAUAUUAUCUGAUGUCAAAAUGGGCUCGGUUGGUGGGGCGGGGGGAGGGGGGAGGUGGCGGUGGCUAGGGACAAAUUCAAGAUUGUAUCUCCCCUACGCAGAAGAGCAGCGAGAUUGUUCAAUCCACUCCACCACCGCACACACGCCUCCAGGUCGUUUUCUGUGCGUGUGUGCGGGGAAGAUGGCGGGUCUUCGAAAGAUUACUUGGAGGGGGGAGGGUGGAAGAGCGAACGGUGGUUGGACGGUGCGGAGUUGA